AAGAAGAGGAAGAAGGAAAUAAAAAAUGACUAUCGUUAGAUUCGAUGAACCAUCGGUGUCUACAUCUAGGCCGGUUUAAAUGCAUGAACAAACCAAACAAGGUGAUGUUUUGUAGGCAAAGGGAAAGGGAGUGAAAAACCAAACGAAUCUCMGCGCAUUCACUAUUCUGCUCUGCGUCUAUGUUAACAACAGAUGGACUGGUUGCUCCUGUGGGCCACUGCCGGAGUCGACAGUGCAUUUGUUGGGGAGGGAACGACUGGGCAAAGGCGGAAGACGGCGCAUCAGCAGUCAGAUUGGAAGCUAACUGGUUGUUGCAAGAUGCUUGUAAGCGACAGUUCUCUGCACGGGAUUUAAGGAUAAGUCAACUUUCAAGUUUGAACUCCUGAAGUAAUCUGCAUGGAUCAACAAGGGCUGAACUAAAAUUGAUUAAAUUGAUUUUAUUUUUUAUAUAUAUAUUCAACACAAGCGCAGAUAAGACACAAUGGCGAGCAGAAGAAAAACAACAACACCUUGCAUGUUCCCUCCCGUUGAAAUGGUGGAUUCAGACCCUGACAUGGAGGUCGUUACAGAGGGAGACGGACAGACUGACGAGGGGGCUGCUAACUGUCCUGUGGAAAACUCAACUGAAAGCAACCCGAGUGAGGAAGACGCACAGGCCAUGGACCACUUCAUUAAAACGAUGGACUCGAGUACGGCAGAAGGAGGUUAUGAGUGCAAGUACUGCAGCUUUCAGACAUCACAGCUCAAUAUGUUUACCUUGCAUGUGGACACUGAGCACCCAAAUAUAGUUCUAAACUCAUCUUAUGUGUGUGUUGAAUGUGACUUUCACACCAAGAGGUAUGAUGCAUUGUUGGAGCAUAAUGCACGCCACCACCCUGGAGAAGACAAUUUCACCAGGACCAUGGUGAAGAGCAACAAUCAAACCAUCUUUGAGCAGAGAGUCAAUGACUUGACCUUUGAUGGCAGUUUUGUUGAGGAGGAUGAGGACACAUCCUGUAAGGGUAUUGCCCUAAGCAAGACACCAAUCAUGAAGCUCAAGAGUAGGGCUGAGGCCAAGAAGUUUACAGGGUCACACAAAAUGGCAGAUUACAGUGUCAUUAAAGUGGAGAGUGAUGGGGAAGAGAGAGAGGAGGUGGCCCCCCCUCCUGUCACCCCCACUGUAGUGGCUGUGUCAACCCCUCUGACCAUUCAACCUAUUCAGCAAAGCAUAAUGAUCAACAGCCCAAACGUGCUCCAAAUAAAGACCACCAACUCCACCACAAUGCUCCCUCCAGGGACUUUGGCUCAAGUUCUGUCUGCCUUGCAGAAUCAGCAGACCUCCCAGACCCAGCUCCUCAUCCCGGUCAGUAGUAUCCCCACAUACAAUGGGGCCAUGGACAAUAAUGUCCUGCUGGUCAGUGCCUAUAAUAGGUUCCCUUACCCAUCUGUGUCAGAGAUCAUGGGUCUAGCAGCACAAACCAAGUUCACAGAGGAGCAGAUAAAGGUCUGGUUCUCUGCCCAGCGGCUGAAGCACGGUGUGAGCUGGACCCCAGAGGAGGUGGAGGAGGCCAGGAGGAAGAAGUUCAACGGCUCAGUGCAGGCGGUGCCACAGACCAUCACUGUCAUCCCAGCCAAUUUUGCUACGGCAGCCAAUGGCCUGCAGUCCAUCUUUCAGACUUGUCAGAUUGUAGGGCAGCCAGGGAUGGUUUUGACUCAGGUAGGGGGUGGCAACGCUGUCCCUGUGGCCUCACCCAUCACAUUAGCUGUUGCUGGGGUCCCCAACCCCAGAACCAGUGUCAGUAAGGUGCCAGAACCCUCCACCUCUGAGACCGCUUCUCCACUCAGUACCGAUUCCCUGGGAGCYCGACCCAAAAAAUCCAAGGAGCAGCUAGCAGAGCUGAAGGCCAGUUACCUAAGGAGACAGUUUGCCACUGAGGCAGAAAUCUCUCGGCUGAUGAAGGUCACUAACCUCACCAAAAGAGCAAUAAAGAAGUGGUUCAGCGACACACGUUACAACCAACGCAACUCAAAGGACCACCAAGGCGUUGCCUUAAAUGACAUUUCAGUCAACACCAACAGUAACGACGGCAGCAGCAGCACAGCCAUUGUGAUCGACUCCAGCGACGAAGCCAGUGAAUCCUCUCUCACAACCCAAGGGCCCAUCUAUGAUCCACGAAUCAAGUUCCGCCARGCCUUUCCUGACUUCACACCUCAGAAGUUCAAGGAAAAGACUCCGGAGCAGCUUCUGCUUUUGGAGGCCAGCUACCAGAAGUCUGACACGCCAGGCGAUGAGGAGCUAAGUAGGUUGAGGAUGGAGACUAAACUGACCAGGCGAGAGGUGGACGCCUGGUUCUCUGAGAGGAGAAAAAUGCCAGUGGACUCUGAUGGCACAGAGGAGCUAGAGAGUGAAAUGGUCAAAGUGCCUCCCUCUGGGCAAGAAGCUCGGACGCCAUCCAGCGGCCGGAAGAUAAUGAAGAAAACCCCAGAGCAGCUCCACGUCCUGAAAAGCGCCUUUGUUCGUACCCAGUGGCCCUCUGCUGAAGAGUACGACAAGAUGGCCAAGGAGAGCGGGUUACCCAGAACCUACAUCGUCAACUGGUUUGGAGACACCCGUUAUGCCUGCAAGAACAGUAACCUGAAGUGGUACUACUUGUARCAGAGUGGAAAGGUUAACGAGGCAAUGAACGGAGGUGAACUUAAGAAGAAGCCACGGAAACGCUUUCGUGGUUGGUCCAGGAGGACGAGGCGGCCAUACCCCUGCAAACAAACACCCCCUACCAUCAAAGUCAAGACGGGUAAAGAGAUUUUAAAGGAGCACUACCUCAAGCAUAAGGUCUUAAAUGAGAAAGAUUUGGAUGAACUGGUGGCCAAGUCCAGUAUGAGCUAUGAGCAGGUGCGMGACUGGUUUGCAGAGAUCAGCAGGAGGGAAGAGAAGGGCCUUGACCCUUUCAGUGAUGGUAAAGAGGAGACACACGGUGACAGUGAGGGAGAAAUGGAAGUGAAAGAGAAAGGGGAUGAUGAAGAAAACAACAUUGACAACAAAGAUGAUGAAAAUAACAAUGAUGAAGAUGAAACGAAUGACAAUGAAACCACGGAAGAGCCUCAAUGUUUCAAGCAAUCACAGUCAGAAUCGGAAGAUCAGUGAUUUAAAAGGUCCAGAAUGCUCAUUGUUUGCCUACAGAAGAGAAGAGAUGGAAAACACAGGUGAAAUGUACCAAGUGUUUUGGUGUUAUACUGCGUGGACCAACCAGGCACAAAGAAGCGAGAAGAUGUAUGAUGCCAAAUAAUUUUAGCAAGGGAUAAUAUACUGAACAAAAAUAUAAACGCCACAUAUAAAGUGUUGGUCCCAUGUUUCACGAGCGGAAAUAAAAUAUCCCUGAAAUUUUCCAUAUGCACAAAUCAUCAAAUCAAAUGUUGUUUAUAAAGCCCUUUUUAAAUCAGCAGAUGUUACAAAGUGCUUKUACAGAAACCCAGCCUAAAAUGCCAAACAGCAAGCAAUGCUGAAGCACGGUGGCUAGGAAAAACUCCCUAGAAAGG